CCUGUCUUCUGAACGAACCAGAUGGCUGCUCCCACUGAGCUGGAUUCUGCUGGAGGUUUCUUCCUGUUAAAAAAUAUAAAAGUCCAAAAGCCACUGCAAGCUUCAGAGGAGAAGAGUAGUGACGGAGAAGUCUUCAUCCAGAACGUGGAGAACAACACCAGCAAUAAGAGGAAGAAGAGCAGCAGCAAGCAGUGGAUAAUGUGUCCAGCUUGGCUAUUGGUGGCUGUGGUGAUUGUGGGCGGAGCCAGAGGAGCUGUCAGUCAAUGCUGGGAGCAUCAGAGCUGCCAGGAACUGAACACUGAGAGCAGCAUGAUGGAGUGUAUCCAUGCCUGCCGGUCUGACCUCACUGCUGAGACCCCCAUCAUCCCCGGUGAAGCCCACCUCCAGCCUCCUCCUCCGCCUCCUCCCUCAGAGGUCUCCUCCUUCAUGAUCUCCUCUCCUCAGGCAAAACGCUCCUACUCCAUGGAGCAUUUCCGCUGGGGGAAACCCGUCGGUCGGAAACGCCGCCCAGUCAAAGUCUACACUUCCAACGGUGUCCAGGAGGAGUCAGCUGAGGUGUUUCCUGGAGAGAUGAGGAGGCGAGAGCUGACCAAUGAGCUGCUGGCAGCUGCCGAGGCAGAGGAGAAGGCUCAGGAGGUGAUGGAGGAGGCAUCAGAGGAGCAUCAACAGCUCCUGGGAGACCUGCAGGAGAAGAAAGAUGGUUCCUACAAGAUGAAGCACUUUCGCUGGAGCGGCCCGCCGGCUGGAAAACGCUACGGAGGGUUCAUGAAGAGCUGGGAGGAAGGACGCCAGAAACCCCUGGUGACGCUCCUCAAGAGCAUCAUCAACAAGGAGGAACAGAUGUGAGAGAAGGAGAAGAAAGGUUCAGGUUUAAAGAAGGGAAACAGGCAGAAGUUUAACUUUCUCACAGCAGCAGGAGAGAGUAACCAAUAAAAAGCUCUAAAAUUGCUGAAUGUUACGUGAUUUUCACUGAGAGAAAACGAGAGAUGAAGAUGUUUUGAUAUUUAUUGGUUCAUGUAAAUAACUGUAUUUAUUAUAACAAAGUUAUUUGCAAGCAACACAAAA